AUGGAAAUAGGAACUGACAGUAGAGUAGAGAAUAGUCUCACUGAGGAUUUCAGCAUCCAAAUCAACACAAUGAGGAACUUUCUUCUGAUCUUUCUCUCACUGAUGAUUACAGGCUGGGAGGCCUCAUCUGAAGUGAAGGGAUGCACAGAUGGAUGGGUGGAAUUCACCUGCAAAUAUCAAAAAAAUAAAAUAUAUCCAAAAGUUGACGUAGAUAAGGGCAGGAAAACAAUUAUACAAAGUACUCAAAAGAAUGUGUGGCAGACCGAGGACAGAUUUUCUGUUUAUUAUGAUGCAACAAAUAGAAAGCUCAGAGCGGUCAUCAAACCACUUCAACAUGGGGACUCUGGGGAGUACAAGUGUAAAUUUAAAUCUGGACGAAACGGGAUGAGUGAUAAAGUGGACUUGGAAGUUGAUAAGGGCUGUCAGACACCAUUUAUUCAAACUGCAUACAGAACAGUUAAAACCACCAUCUCAUGUAACAAAAGAAACUCCAGAGUCAUGUUUUUCUGCAAAGAGAAGGAUUCAAUCUGUGAGGAUAUUUUAUCAACAAAAUCUUCUCUGAAGUCAAACGGGUCCUUCACUCUCACAGAGACCAGCAGCAGCUUCAACAUGUCCAUCAGUAAUGUGUCCUCACAGCAUGCUGGGGUCUACUGGUGUGGAGUGGAAACAGAUAAAGGUUACCAAGCUGCACUCAGAAAAAUACAACUGAUGGUUGAAGAUACGUUUAAGAUAUUCACUAAGUCUCCAACUGUUGGAGAGAAUCUUCCAUACUGGUGUAAAUAUCCAAAGAGUAGUGAUGAAAAAACUAAAUUCAUCUGUAAAGGAGAAGAUCCAUCUAUAUGUAAACAGAUAGUAAGCACUACACAGAGUAACAACAAUGCUGGAAAGUUUUCUAUGAUGGAUGACAAAGAGAAGAGAAAUCUCACCAUAACAGUGAGAAACGUAACAACAGAAGACUCUGGGACAUACUGGUGUGGAGCAGAAAGCAAUGACCCAAAACAGAGCAACCCAUUCUUCCACAAACUUGUGAUGACUGUCGUACCAGCAAAAAAAACACCAACACCACCCACAUUUCCUGUUUCUUCAACUCAGUCAACUCCAACAACUACUGCCUCUGCUGGGAGACAUGGCGGCCCUGAGGGGAUCAUCACUGUGACUGUCUGUGUAUCUGUGGUGGUGGUGCUGCUGCUGCUGUUUGUGCUCAUUUUGAUUCUUAUCUACAAACGACGUUCAAAAAACAAAAGAAAUGCAGCAGCAGCAGCCCAGCACAUCAAAGAGGAAUAUAUCUACGAGGAGAUACAGGAGCACCCCCAUCACCCAGACUCAGGAAAUGCACCCAACACGAUUUAUGCCACUGCCAACUCUCCCACAAACCCCUCUGCCUCGCUGCAUUACUCGACCGUCAACUUUACAAACUGCUCAGACAAAGCUGGUGCUGAGACACUGCUCACCAAACCCAGCUCCUCUGCCUGUGAAUAUUCGACUGUGAAAAACAGCCAAAGUCAAACCUCCUCUACUGUCAACCAGCCUUCUUCAGAGGAUCCUCUCUACUCAACAGUCAACAAGUCACGGGAGCAAUGAGGAAGGAUCAGUCUGGUGUUUUUACCAUGGAAGAUUUCAAUGGACAAAUGGGAGAAAUUCUGAUCCAACAGUAUCUGUGUUUAUUCAGCUUAAAAACAAUUGAUAAGCAGGCUAAAUAAAGAAUGGCUUCAUAAAGGCGGAUAGAUGUAUAAUACGUUGUUUUAAAAAGCUACCUUUGCAUGUUUUAUAUUCCAAAUAAAAUCAGUCUCGGCAAUAGACUUAAGUGUG